AUGAGGAGGAGGAUGAAGAUGUCACGUAUGUUUGUAGGAUCCUUCCUAGGUCUCCUGGCCGUGCUGCAGAUGUCCGGGGUCCAGGGCUGGAGCCAACAAGAUAGAGUUUUGCUAAAGGAUAUUCAGGCUAUCACACUGCAUGCAGAGAGAUACACUAAUGCACGACGUUCAUCCCCCUAUUCCACAAUUGAAGUGUGUUGGGGGCAGUGCUGGCUGUAGUGCUAUGACCCCACAGGUAGUGCAGUGCCACAACAGAGGAUGGGAUGGCUUGGACGUUCAGUGGGAGUGUAAGGUGGACAUGGACAACUCUUAUCGAUUUGGAAAAGUUGAAGUGAGCUGUGAGGGCUUUGAUUAUCCUGAUGAUCCACAUGUCCUGCGCGCGGCUCAUGUGGUUUGGAAUACACACUGGAACUUACAGAAGAAGGACGAAAGAAAUCUCAGCAUGGCAACAGUUUUGGUGGCUUUGGCUCAGGGUACUCAAAAAGCUGGAAUGGACAGUCACCCUACGAUGGGAGCGCAGUAGUUGUAUUUUUGGUACUACUGGGUCUGGCCUAUGGAAUAUACAAGUUAUUCUUGAGUGGACCUUCAAUGCAGGAACAGCAAUAUCCACCUAAUUAUGAUGGACAUGAUAACCAGCACUACAGCCAUGCUAGUGCACCUCCUCCACCGCCUGGUUUUAAGUCAGACUAUACAGGAGGGAGUACAGGAUUUUAUGAUUUUGGCAAUACUGCUUCCUAUGGGAGACAGGCAAAUCAAGGACCUGGUUUUUGGACUGGUAUGGGAACUGGUGGUAUACUGGGAUAUCUGUUUGGCAGUCGGAGGUCACAGCCUCACUAUGCAGCUCAUCCAUCUUAUCACAACACAUGGAGUGGACCCUCUUUCUCUGGAUCCUCAUACAGUUCUGCACCCAGCUCUGGUGUGAGAACAGCAUCAGG